UCACAACAUCUUACUACGUAAUGUGCCGUGCUGCUUAUGGCGGCGCUGGUGACAGUGCUGAAAGCUGUUGGGUAUGAAGUGAAACUGAAUUGAUUUUGUACCAUCUGAAACCUACUUCAAGUUCAGAUCAUCGAUCGGUCAGAAGAAACGUCAAAAGAAACAAAUGAACAUCCCCAAAACGACCCAACGCUAUAACAACUCUGAAGUCGAGACGAAGACCAAGACGAAGAACUGCACUGCUGCAAAAGAGAACUAAAGCAACACGAAGCAACCAAACGAACAAACCAAAGAUUUAAGAAACAGAACCAGGCCGCAACAAACAAAGCAACCGACCACCAACGUUAACAGCGAAGGCGAGACCUGAUCUGAGACAAGAAGUUUGUGCCUACUCAACAGCUUUGAUAAAGCACACGUCCCAACGCUGCACCGAGCCCUCAUCCUCCCCGCACCUCUUCCUCCUCUGGGGUGCGGAGAGGGCUGCUGUCUGCUAGUCUUUUCAGUUUUUUCCUUUUCUUUGUCAAUUGCAGACCGAAACCCUCCCUCCUGAUUUUUCUUCCUCCACUCUUUUUCUUUUUUUUUCUUUUUUUAUAUAUAUGUAUUUCUAUUAACUUUUCUUAAAAGCAGUGUUUCUACAACCGCAUUUGCCUUUUUUAUUUGAUUUUUUUUUCUUUAGUUUUUUUGCUUUUUGUCCCUUAUUGUGCAACUAUUGUAAUUAGAACGUGUGCCAGAAAGCGAAGCUUACAAGAGUGUGUGUGUGCGCGCGCGUGUGUGAGCAGAGUCUGAAGCAUCGUUUGUGAUUUCAUCGGUCCAAAUCAGAACAGCCUUCCAACACAGCAGAACAAGAAACCCAGAGGUGUUUUGUUGGGUGUGUAAAGAAAAGGAGAGGGGAAAGGGAAGCUGCUACACGACAGCGGAAUAAAGUUCAGUGAAAAAAUCUAGACACUGAAAACGGUUGUAAUCCGUUCAAUCCCAAGUGUAGUAGAUUUGGCCUGUGUAUGGGAGAAUUAUGGGUAGUCCCUGGAAAGGCUUUGUCGAGUUUACCUUGCCGGCAUCGUCACCUGCAGCGUUCGUUAGCGCUGACCUGAACAGCACCUCGCCCGUUGGGCUCAGCCUGUCACCCUAUGGCCGAUCCAUGAGUUUUGACCCUAGUCUGCUACAUAAUAAUGGCCACAGUGGCUUUGCCAAUGUGACUGGAAUGGGGAUCCGGGAGACAGGCAUGGUCGAGAAGCUGCUUGCAUCAUACGGCUUCAUUCAGUGCUCUGAAAGACAGGCCCGCCUCUUCUUCCACUGCUCUCAGUACAACGGCAACCUGCAGGAGCUUAAGAUCGGAGAUGAUGUGGAGUUUGAGGUGUCGUCUGAUAGACGUACCGGCAAACCCAUCGCGGUGAAGCUGGUAAAAAUCAAGGCAGAAAUGUUGCCAGAAGAGCGAAUUUCUGGGCAGGUGGGGCCUGACUUGCACGCCUCUCCUUUAACUGUGCUGCAUGGUUUUAUUCAUCCAGUAGUUUCAGCUAUCCCUUCUCACCUGGAUGGGAAAUCUGCUCCUGGCCAGGUGCCCACAGGCAGUGUGUGUUACGAGAGGAACGGGGUGAGUGAAGUGUUUUAUUUGACUUACACCCCUGAGGAUGUGGAAGGAAAUGUUACUUUAGAUACUGGGGAUAAAGUCAGUUUUUACAUGGAGACCAACAAGCAUACUGGUGCUGUUAGUGCCCACAACAUUGUAUUGGUAAAGAAGAAACAGUCAAGAUGCCAGGGAGUGGUUUGUGCUACCAAGGAGGCCUUUGGAUUCAUUGAACGUGGGGAUGUGGUCAAGGAGAUAUUCUUCCACUACAGUGAGUUUAAAGGCGAUCUGGAGGCUCUACAAGCUGGAGAUGAUGUGGAGUUCACCAUUAAAGAAAGAAACGGCAAGGAAGUGGCAACAGAUGUAAGACUGCUGCCCCAGGGUACUGUUAUAUUUGAAGACAUCAGUAUUGAGACCUUUGAAGGCACUGUCAUCAAGGUUAUUCCAAAGGUCCCCACCAAGAAUCAGAAUGACCCGCUGCCUGGGCGAAUCGGUGCCAGAAUUAAUUUCACCGACAAAGAGCUGCUAUUCGGGGAGAAGGACACAAAGUCCAAAGUGACGCUGCUGGAGGGAGACCAUGUCCAAUUCAAUAUUUCCACCGACCGUCGAGACAAGCUGGAGAGGGCGACAAACAUCGACAUCCUCCCUGACACUUUCAAUUUCACAAAGGAGGCCCGCGAAAUGGGGGUGAUAGCUGCCAUGCGUGAUGGCUUCGGCUUUAUCAAGUGUGUGGACCGUGAUGCUCGAAUGUUCUUCCAUUUCAGUGAGGUUCUGGAGGAAAGCCAGCUGCACAUUUCUGAUGAAGUGGAAUUUACUGUUGUCCCUGACAUGCUCUCAGCCCAGAGGAACCAUGCCGUGCGAAUCCAAAAGCUACCCAAAGGCACAGUGUCGUUCCACACACAAUCUGAUCUGCGUUUUGUGGGGCUGGUGGAGAAAGAGGCUGUGCCUGCAACCACCAUUACCAAGAACUCCAGCCCCAGCAAAGGCAAAGAGAAGGAUGCAGAGGAAGGCUUGAUUGCAUUUGAAGACAUUGGAGUGAAGCAGUCUAUUCCAUAUCAUAUUAAAGACCUGGAGGGAGCCGUUUACCCGCAACUUGGAGACAAGGUGGAGUUCUCCAUCAGUGAGGUGAAACGCACCGGACAGCAGAGCGCUGUGUCCAUCAAGAUCCUCAAUCGCACUGUUUGCUCAAAGAGGCUUCUGGGAUACAUAGCAACACUGAAAGAUAAUUUUGGGUUUAUAGAGACAGCCAAUCAUGAUCAGGAGAUCUUCUUCCACUAUAGUGAGGUUUGCGGGGAUGUAGAUAACUUUGAUCUGGGGGAUACAGUGGAAUACACUCUCUCUAAGGGCAAAGGAAACAAAAUCAGUGCUGAGAAGGUCACCAAAGUUGCUGCUGUGAAUGGUGUGGGAGAAGAUAUCAGUAGCACAGUGUUCCUGGGUAAAGUAGUACGGCCCCUGCGCAGUGUGGACCCUUCACAGACUGAGUACCAAGGCCUCACUGAGAUCACCGAGGAUGGCUCCAGUAAGGGUCAGUGUUAUCCAUUCGGCAUUGUUGGUAUGGCCAAUACAGGUGACUGUCUGCAAAAGGGGGAGAUGGUGAAGUUUCAGUUGUGUACAGUGGCCCAGACAGGACAAAAAAUGGCCUGCAACAUUAUGCCUCAGCGUAGAGCCUUGGUAGAGUGCGUCAAAGAUCAGUUUGGUUUCAUCACAUAUGAAGUUGGAGAAAGCAAGAAGCUGUUUUUCCAUGUAAAGGAGGUGCAGGAUGGUCUGGAGCUGCAGACAGGGGAUGAAGUGGAGUUUUCUGUUAUCUUGAACCAACGCACAGGCAAAUGUAGUGCCUGCAACGUACGCAGAGUUGGUGAGGGUCCUAAACCUGUAGCAACACCUCGACCUGACAGACUUGUCAAUCGCUUGAAGAGCAUCACUCUGGAUGAUACCAAUGCCCCCCGUCUGGUUAUUAUCAGACAGCCUCGUGGCCCAGACAAUUCAAAGGGCUUCAAUGUUGAGAGAAAAUCCUGCCAGCCUAGUGUUACAGACUGAGUACUGUUCACCCCUCUCCUUGUUGUGGAAGAAACACAUUGAAAAGAAAAGCAAGAACAGGGGGAAGGGGUGUGCGUGCGUGUCUAUCCCUCUUUCUUUUUUCCCCUUCUCACCCACAGACACCAUUCACAAAGGAACAUAAACAUCACAAGUAGACAGUUAGCACGCACAAGUCCCUUCCUCUGUCACAGAAUUCCUUGCAAAAAGAAAAUUCAUCUCAUUUGUCUUCAUUGUAUGUGUGAUGUUUUUGCAAGGUUGUAAUGUUCAGAACACCCCCCAUGUUGUAAGAGUAUGUGUGGGUAUGCAUCACAUGUUUGGAAACUUGUAAGGGUAUGAUUGUUAUGCAGAGGAUGAGAGGGGAAAAGUGGGGUUUGUUUGUGCUCGCACCUUUUAGAUUAAGGUGUGGGGGCUGUUUGACCCGUUUUCAUUUCUGCUGAAAUUGAAAUGCCUUGAGUUCUGCACCUGCUACUGUGUAAGUGAAAUUGUUUAGUUUGUUUUAGAGUAGCUUUGCUUGUCUGCAUUUUGAAUUCCGUUAUAUAUUUUAGUCUUCCUGCAUCACUUGAAAACCUCUCCCCAUCAAAUGAAAACUUCUCCCCAUGUUGAGUUUUUUGCCCAAAGACAGUCAAGAUCAAUCUGGGCUCUUUUGGGUGAGAAGUAAAUGUGACAGUUUUUCUCACUUUUUUCAUACCCAAUUCUAUUUCUAGUGUAGCUUUUUAACGUGACAUGGAUCUGGAAAAAAAUAAAAAUUGCUCUGGCCUCAGAA